AUGGCUCCGCGUCGUCACCACAUCGGUGCGAGCCGGCGGACAAGGCGAGAAGAAGAGGGCGAAGAUGAAGGCUCGAUAGGUGGGGAAUUGGAGGAUGACUCCUUAAGCGAAGCGUCGGGUAUCAGUCACCAGGAAGACGACGAUGCCGAUGGCGAGGGAAGUGAUGAUAGCGAUGAUGAGGUGUCGAUACCCCCGCAGGGGGCCGACACCAAUGGCCAUCCGAUCAAUGGUCGUAUGCCUGAGGCAGGUCAGCAGUCGGGGAGGCGCCAAUCUAUCUCCCCCGACAAACGGGCUGCGACCAACGCUAUUUCCGACACCGAGGCUAUGAUGAAUGGGAUGAAGAUAUCGGGGAAGACAGACGAGGUGGCCGAGAUACAUUUCGACCAGAUGAAGGGGGAGACGAGCCAACCGACUGGAAGGACGCCGUCCGCGCCGCCCACGGAACCGAGGAGAGAAACCUUUGCCGAGAGGAAACGUCGUGAGCAUGAGAAGUACUCAAAGGAGAGAGACGAGAAUCCGGCGUUCGUGCCAACGCGGGGAAGCUUCUUUCUUCACGAUAAGCGUUCUACGGAGUCGAUGGCCAAUGGUUACAAGCCGUUCAACAAGUCGAAAUCGAGGCCUUAUGGCCUGAUUGUGGACGGCAAUGUGCGCAAACAUCCCGUGAAACCAGCUGCCAGCGGAGGGCAGUGGACUCAUGAUCUCCACGACACAGUUGCUGGAGAUGACCCGCCCGCUUCUACAUUUGCUGCUGCAUCGACCGCUAUCCCCAACCACCCUCCCAAGCCUGUCCCUACGGCUCCCAGGUCAUCGCCACCAAACAGAUCGUUUUCGAGUACGACCCUGAUUGGGAACGUGCCCGUGGUGGUUUUCCUGCCGGGAAUGACUAGCUCCGCUUCGUUUCCUGCGGUGGCGAAAAAACAGCAUACACGUUUACCCCAGCACCGGCCGCCUCUUCGUCGAGACAAACCCGUUCGGAUUUCGCUCCCGGGACAAGCUCCCAGAUACAUAUUUCCUGCUACGGAGAGAUCAUUCAUAUUCAUACCGCGGGCAUUGCGACCGAACCAGCAGGCUUUCCGUGGUCGUGGUCGAGGAGGGUUCUAUGGAGGCCGACGCUCAAGUAUCUACGGCGGCUCCUCCUAUACGCCGAGUGUCUUGAUGAGCCGAAGGUCGUCGGUCGGAAAAGCAGCCUCGCAAGAAGGCUAUCACUCGCCGGCCGGUUCGGUCCUCUCGCGUCAAACGAUAAUGACAACGGAAAAUGGCAAACCGGUAGUCCGGCUUCCACCACCUCGACCCCCUGGAGGCAUUCCACCUGCAGGUGCCAACGCAGUAACCGCUCAUCCCGCCAUGCCGCUUCCUCUCCCUCAUCCACAGACUCUGAAUCCCGCUUAUCGUGAGAGCCGCCCGGCUCCAAUACCUAUGCAUCAGCCUCGUCCCCAAAAGGCGGUUUCUGUAGCCGAUAUCGAGACGCCGGCGAGCUUUACCUUCAACCCCCCUCAGCCACAGCAGGAACAGCCGUUCCAUCACCAGGUGCCGAUCCCCGGGAAUGGCCCCAUGUAUGUUCCGGAGACUUCUGGUCCUCUCCCUUCUGCUCAUUCCGCCGUGACCCCGUCAUCCCACAUACCCGAUCGUGCGAUUCACGCCCAACCGUUCCAACCAUACGGAUUCCAGCAACCCCAGCCCUACUAUCCGGCACCCUAUCCGACCGGCGCUGUUUACUAUCCUAAUUCCGGGGGUGAGUUCGCGCCGUACAGCGCCGGCGCGGGUCCAGGCACCUCGGUCUCGUCAUUCCCUCCCGGGCAACACCCUCAGUAUAUGGUUCCUGGAGCCCACGCAUCAACGGAGCAGUCAUCACAAGCGGGGACUGUUGCACACGAGGCCGGUGGAACGGUGUACUUCUAUGACGCGACGCAGAUGUAUCCGAACUCGUCUUUUGCUGUGCCUAAUGCUCCCGGUCCUGGCGGAAUUGUUGGCAUGGGUGGCAUGAUGACUCCUCCCGGUCCAACUUAUUACUACCCUCAACCUCCCGGGGGCGUUUACUAUGCUUCCCAGUAG